AUGUGUGUGUGUGUCUCUGUAUGUGUGUAUGUAUGUGUCUGUUUGUGUGUGUGUGUCUGUGUGUGUGCAUGUCUGUAUGAGUGUGUGUAGGCAUGAAUCUGCACCAGAAAGUGCACAACUGUAACAGGAAUACAGCUGAAGAGAAAAGACGGGAUAGGAGUACCCGGCAGAUUAUGUGAGUGAAUGUGCCACUGCCUGCUGGGCCACUCAUUCCUGGGAACACAAAGUGACUGCAGAGUGAAGGAACAAAGGGAAUAUGAAAUUGUAAGGAGAGAGCAGAGAGGCUGUCAGAUGAGAUACAGUGAAGGUGUAUUCAAGCUGGCACUCCCACCCCCAUCCUUGCUCUCUGAAGCCCAGUGUGACUCUUCACUUAACACAAACAGCUUUUCUUCUGAGCCUGUGCCACUGUAAUUUUAAUGAAUUCAGAAGCAACUGACCAGUGAAUUGUGGCCGCCAGGACUGGUUUCCUUCAGAAUCUUGACUGUGGUUCCUGGCAAAUUGGGAAAGGUUCUGAGGGGGUUAUGCCAUCAACCUCUGAAGUUCUGACCGGCGUGGUAGGAGAUCACCUCAACGACGAGUGGAAGGAGGACCACUUCAUAAGGAUGUCUUCCAAGCAAGCCGCCUCUCCAUUCACUUGUAAAGCGGAAGGAGAGGAAGAGAUGACUGGGGAUUUAGCGUCACGAGAAAUAAACGAAUGCAAAGAUCAGAUCAUGGCCUCCCACCUGCCCCUGCACCCCCUCAAUCACAACAAACCUCACUCCGAGGAGCUACCGUCACUUGUCACUACCCUCCCGGCCGACGUUGACUGGGACAGCAUGAUCUCUUCCCAACAUAGAAUGGACUCAGAGAGCAAUAAACUCCGUUCCCUGUACUCCUUCCGAACCAUGUCUACCUCACCCCACAAGCCUGACGAAGGGGCUCGCGAGCGCAGUGACCUCAUGAGCGGUGUUAACUUUGGGACACCCGAGCGGCGCAAAGGAAGUUUGGCGGAUGUGGUGGAUACGCUGAAACAGAAAAAACUGGAGGAAAUGACACGAUCCGAGCAGGAGGAUUCUACUUGUGUGGAGAAAAUUCUCUCCAAAGACUGGAAAGACAAAAUGGAUCGGCUGAACACGAGUGAGCUUCUCUGGGAGAUUAAAGGCACACCGGAGAGUUUAGCGGAGAAAGAGUGUCAGCUUUCCACCAUGAUCACCCAACUCAUUAGCCUCCGAGAGCAACUCCUGGCAGCCCACGAUGAACAGAAGAAACUGGCAGUUUCACAGAUUGAGAAACAGAGGCAACAAAUGGAUCUGGCACGGCAGCAGCAGGAACAGCAGAUCGCAAGACAGCAGCAGCAACUCCUGCAGCAGCAGCACAAGAUCAACAUCCUGCAGCAACAAAUUCAGGUUCAGGGGCACAUGCCCCCCCUUAUGAUCCCGAUAUUCCCACAUGACCAGCGCACGUUGGCGGCGGCAGCAGCUGCACAGCAGGGAUUCCUCUUCCCCCCAGGACUUUCCUACAAACCAGGUGAUAACUACCCCAUGCAGUUCAUUCCAUCUACAAUGGCAGCUGCUGCCGCUUCUGGGCUCAGUCCCUUGCAACUGCAGCAACUGUACGCAGCGCAACUGGCCAGCAUGCAAGUGUCUCCCGGUGCCAAAAUGCCCACGACCCCACAGCCGACAAACGCCAUGGGAGCUCUGUCACCUACGGCCAUGAAAAGUGAAAAAAGAGGGACCAGCCCAGUAGCACAAAUUAAGGACGAAGCAGCGCAACCUCUGAAUUUGUCCGCCCGGCCGAAAACAGCCGACCCCGUCAAAUCUCCCACGUCCCCCACCCAAAACUUCUUCCCAGUCAGCAAAACCAGCCCAGUGAGUCUGACCAACAAGAGCAGAAUCCCAAGUCCCAUAAGGGGAACGUCCCUAGACAUCCUUUCUAGUCUUAAUUCACCUGCCCUGUUUGGGGACCAGGACACAGUCAUGAAAGCUAUCCAGGAGGCUCGCAGAAUGAGAGAACAGAUUCAGAGAGAGCAGCUGCACACCUCGUAUGGACUCGACGGGAAAUUGCCCCUAAAUAACAUGGGCUUGAACAACUGCAGAGGAGAUAAGGAGAGAACCCACUUUGAAAAUCUCGGCCCUCAUUUAACUGGGAAACCCAACAAGGAAGGGAAAUUGGGGCCUGGAGUCAUCGAUCUCACAAGACCUGAAGAUAUCGAGGGAGGCGCCACUGUCGUUGAGGCUCGAGUCUACAGGGACGCAAGGGGUAGAAGUAGCAGUGAACCUCAUAUCAAGCGACCAAUGAAUGCUUUCAUGGUUUGGGCAAAGGAUGAGAGAAGGAAAAUUCUCCAAGCUUUCCCGGACAUGCACAACUCCAACAUUAGUAAAAUUUUAGGCUCUCGUUGGAAAUCCAUGUCUAACCAGGAGAAGCAACCAUACUAUGAAGAACAAGCUCGACUAAGCAAGAUUCACCUCGAGAAAUACCCCAACUACAAGUACAAACCUCGGCCGAAACGUACCUGUAUUGUUGAUGGCAAAAAGCUACGUAUUGGAGAGUACAAGCAGUUGAUGAGGUCUCGAAGACAGGAGAUGAGACAGUUCUUUACUGUUGGGCAACAGCCUCAGAUACCAAUUAGCACAGCAACUGGGGUUGUGUAUCCCGGUGCCAUUUCCAUGACAACAACAACGCCAUCACCUCAGAUGACAUCAGAUUGCUCCAGCACGUCCGCCAGCCCCGAACCCAGCAUCCCUGUCAUACAGAGCACAUAUGGCAUGAAGCUGGACAGUGGGAGCCUUGUUGGCAAUGACCUGAUGAACGGAGAAGACGAAAUAGAAAUGUACGAUGACUUUGAGGAUGAUCCCAAAUCAGACUAUAGCAGUGAAAACGAAGCCAACGAAGCUGUUAGUGCCAACUGAGGAAUGUUAACGGACACUCAGCGCAAACAAUGAGGGAAAAAAAUUUAACUCUGUUGACUUUUUUGGAGUUUUGAACAAAAGUUCUUAAAAAAGCCUGCAUGCAUCUGUGGCUUCCCCAGUUCCAUCAGCAGAAUGGUCUUAAAUAUUUCUUGAUGUGUGAGACAGUCUGACACACCAUAGUUUUUCUCAAACUUGCUUUUUUUUUUUUAAAUUUUAAGUGAAGACAUAGUAGAAAAAAAUCAGACGCCAGGACUUGAAAACUCAAACAAACCCAUAACUGUCUUCUAAGUCUUACAUUUUUAGUGUGUUUUCCUUUUUUUGAAUGCUGGUAGAUUGCUAAGUUACUUUUUUUAAGAUGGGGGUUAUUCAGUCUCACUCAGGUAUGCUGUGUCAGCCAACAGGUUGUGAAUGUGUUUUUAUGAUGAAAUUCAUUAGAAGAUAGAUUUGUACUCAUUGUGAUACAUAACGAAGUGCAGAGCUUCUCCCGUCCAGCCCCAUCGAUUGUGUGUUAAAACUUUCAGUAUUGUUAAACCUGAGCAUCUGACGUCUUAAGGAAAGACUCUAAAAGGCCUGAAAAUAUUGUGUCGCCUAAGACCACAAAGUGGCCAUGCACAAGGAGCAGCAGUUAUUAAGUCAUGACGGCUAACACCUCUUUAUUUGAUUCCAACAGCUAAAUCUUUCCCAGGGAACGUUAAAAUGAAAAAUGUUAAGGAUUCUGUAGGAACUAUUCAUGGUUUCUUGUGGGUUCAUGUUGAAAUGGGAAAUCUUGGGCAAGUCAGCACAACUAACAGAUAAUGUGUAUAAUUUGGUAAUUAGUUGCCUUCUUUUGUGUUGAAACCCCUUGCAUUCAGUCUUACCCCAAUUACCCUUAAUUCAAUGUUGUUUUGUUGUUCAUUCCAGAAUGCCAAGGGUCCAGAUGCAUGAUCCAUUUUUAAAUCUUUCCUUGCUCCAAAACCUUAACGCAUCACUGCCCAAUGCCUUACAGGACUAGCCAACAUCAAUUGGUUCACUAAAGUUGUAGCGUCAGUGAGCCUAUGAGGGAAAUCAUUUUGUGUUAAAUUCCUUCGAAUUGGAAAAUAUUUAUUAUAUAUGAAUUGUGUCUGUGGGCCUUUAGCCUUCUAGGUGUUUCUAAUUUAAAAUCCAACUUCAUUUAGAACCUCCACAGAAGGGAUGGGGAUUAGGAAUAUGGUUGUGAUGUUCUUCAUGUCUAGGUUCUGUUUUCACUUUGGGCAACUGCAUUACAGAGCAAGCCCUUAGAAACAUGUAGCCCCCACAAAGAGGAGCCAUUUCAUGUCAUAAUAGAUGGUGGAGACUGAUUUAGAGUGAGUGCAUCAACCUCUGACACAAUUGAUGUUUUGCCAUGGUGCAGUCUGGGCACCACCAUUGGCGUGCAUGAUGCAUGUUUUUUUCAAAAGGUACAAAAUGCACCUACUCCUUUCAACAGAAGUCAGCCCACUCAUACAGUAUGUGUAAGUAAAAGUGUAAAUAGAAGUGCCACAUCCCCUAACAAAACUUUAUAAGAAAAGUCUGAACAGCCAAGACACCUCACCUUGGUGAUUUAGCCCCCUGCACAAUCAACAGGAGAUUGGAACAUUGUAGCUGCAUAGAUUUGAGGCAUUUUGAUGUUAUGGUUUUAAGGUGUUUUAUACCUAACAUGGGGAAAAAUUGACAUGUGUAGAGUAUAAUUAGCAAAUGUCCUCAGAUGGGCAGGACAUCCUUUACAAAGCAGGCUGCAGCCUCUAAACAACCCAUAGCAUUAGUUUUGUUUUUUUGUCCCAGUCGCGUGUGAAAUAAAGCCAAAAAAGGGUUUAGAAUGUGCCAAAUUUCGGGUUGCAAUGUAACAAAGGGUGUGUAUAGGGUCAUUCCUCUAGAAGAAUCGCUUGAGGUUUGCAAAAGUCUUCUUUUGAGAGCAUUUACAUUUGACCUAGCAUUUCAUUGCUCUUCUCAGUGUCUCUAAUCGUGACCAUAUAUUAUUACUAUAUUCUUUGGUUUUGUCUCUUGGAAGCUGGGACACGUACAACUUGUGUGAUACCAGUCAUAAGUUCUGUUAAGGAGGUGUGUGAUUAGUGAAAAGCUUUGUCAUAACAGCAGUGAACCCCAGAUAUUUAUGUGUGUCCUCAUGCCCUUCUUGCAUUUGGUAACAUGCCAGCUUUGAAGUUAUUGCUCCAAUAUCUGAAAUCAUGUAGUUCCUAAGGAUAUUCUAUACAAAAAAAAAAACCUUAAAACCUAUUUAAUUGCAUUGGCGAAGAUUUCACACAUUUUCUUCCUAUUUGAGAAAUUUGACUGUUGACUGAUCUCUGUGCCCAAUCAAGGCAAAGUCAGGACUGUAGAGAUAAAAUAAGUUGGUGAAAUGGCCGCCAAGUGAUCAGGGUGCAGUUAUUCAUACAAAAUGUUCAGGUUUGGUACAACGGGGUGUCUUGCACAUGUCUUAGGAUUUUGGAUGAAAACUAUUACAUUUGAUAGUUCAAGAUAUCUUUCUUCCCGUAUGACAUAUAUUUAAUUUUUGCAAAAGAAUAGUAUUAAGAUUAAGAUUUUUACAUCCAAUUGGAUUUUAAUUGUAUUUAAAAUGCAAUCUAUUUUUUGUAUUUUGUUAAGAUAUUUUGACACCAGUGUACAUUGUUUUAUAACUUUUCUGCACAGACAAAGAUUUUAAUUUGCAGUUCAUUUUUUAUUUUCCUUCCCUGCGACCAUUGGGGAAAGAAAAAUAUAUCACACAGGCUGAAGAAGUACAAAAGGACUUUUCUUUAAUAGUGAAACUUGAUUUUGCUUGUACUUCAGAAACACAGGCACCCACAGACGCUGUUUCUCUAAGUGUUAUGAGCACUGGAUAUAAAUUGUAUUUUUUAUCACUUCUGACUAAUGUGAAACUGUUGUACGAAAACUAAAUGAACAAAAAGUCAUCUGUUUGGGCUUGUGUGGACAAGCCUUGCAGUUGUCAGAUCUGAGUCAUUUCUUUAUGUAUUUUUAUCUCAUUUAUUUAUGCAAAAUUAUGUGUUUAAAAUCCUUUGUUUGAGCUCCAACCAAGUGCCACCCUUAAUCUGUUAUGCAACCUUUCUUAUUAAAUAUAUAUAUCAGAAAUUGGCUGAUAAUUCUGCACACUGUAAUGAGAGCCAAUGUGAUAAAUAUUAAACAAAGGAAAAUAUGUUUUCCAAAAAAUUCACAUCACGAGUGAAAUCUAUUUAUUAGCCUUCACCGGCUCUAAAAUACAAGUAUGUAGUGACAAUCAAAGGUCUUGCUGUCGACAAUUGGAGCUUACAACAAAGUGACGGGCUUACACAUCUCAUUUGUAGAUUUUUUAAUUGUGUAAAUAUAACAUAGGAAAUAGAUUUUAUUUUUCAUUCAUGGAUACUUGUUGAAGUAUACAGUAACUUAUAUAUUUGCUUAUUGCUUCUAUAGUAGAAUCUAUUGGUCCAUAGUUGAGAAGAGAAGACACUGAACCUAAUGUAGAUGUUUCAAGUAUCGCCCCUCCCCAUUUGAGAAAACUGCUUUGGAGCUACAAUCAGUCCCAUGGGGAGUACAUUUUUUAUUUGGCAUGCCAAUGUUUCUUUGCAUUAGCUGCCAAAAACGUAUCUUCCACCAGUGUUAACGGGAUUGCCACAAAGUGUAGUAUUUCCUUCAUGUCAUUGUGACAUGAAAAUUUGCAUCUACAGGAACAGUAGGGUUAAAAGUAUUCAAAAAAGUAUUCAAAAAUGUUUUCGGUACAAUCAACCUGCACAAUCACUGUAAUAAUCAUGUCGGAUAGGAUCAUAAUGUAUCAUUUGUUGUUAAAGGGUCGUCUUAAAGCUUAUAAUUUAUUUCUGGUUUGCAAAAGUUA